UAGUAUUAGUUAGGAGUUGGGCCCAAAAAACCAUUAACCCUCGGGGCGUUGCUGAAGCCCUUCAGAAUUGAGUAUUCGCAUUUGGCUCUUCUGUUGAGUUGUUCUCGUCGCCGACCAGUCCUUUGCCGUCCAGUUAAGACAAACAGAAGGAGGUGGAGUAAAAGGAGAAAUCUCCUCAAUGGCGGCCGCAUCGAGAAGCCUCGUUUCUCAUCUCCGCAUCCUCUUAUCAUCCAAAGUUUCAGAAACCCAGUUCAGAACCUUCAGUGCUUGCAGUAGUCAAGUCGAGGAAUUAAGGACUCGGAUUAUCGAAGGAAAACCUGGAAUCAUGACUCCAAACUCCAAACGGACUGGAGCAAUUGCCGUCAAAUGUGGAAUGACAGCUCUAUGGGAUAAAUGGGGGGAACGCGUUCCCAUUACCAUCCUUUGGUUAGAUGAUAACAUUGUUUCCCAGGUCAAAACCCCAGAGAAAGAAGGCAUAUCUGCCCUACAGAUCGGAUGUGCUCACAAAAAGGAGAAGCAUUUGACAAAACCUGAAGUAGGUCAUUUUAGAGCACAAGGUGUGCCCAUGAAGAGAAAGUUGAAGGAAUUUCCUGUUACUGAAGAUGCCCUUCUUCCUGUUGGAACGAGCAUCAGUGUCCACCAUUUUGUUCCGGGCCAGUAUGUGGAUGUUACUGGAAUAACAAGAGGGAAAGGUUUUCAGGGUGGGAUGAAAAGAUGGGGAUUUAGCGGUAUGCCUGCAUCACAUGGUGCUUCAUUAUCCCACAGAAGUAUUGGUUCUACAGGUCAAAGAGAUGCUCCAGGAAAGGUAUUUAAAGGGAAAAAGAUGCCUGGGCGCAUGGGUGGAGUGCAACGAACUGUUAAAAAUGUUUGGGUCUACAAGAUUGAUCCUGCCAGAAACUUGAUGUGGGUCAAAGGCCAGGUUCCAGGAGCUGAAGGUAAUUUUGUGUUCAUCAAAGAUUCUGUGUACAAGAAACCAGAUAUUUCAACGCUUCCAUUUCCCACUUACUUUGCCCCAGAAAACGAAGAUCAAGCAGAUUUGGAACCAUUAGUGGCUGAUCUUGGUGAUACAGACCCUUUUAUGGCUGCUGAUUAGUUGUAGGCAAUCUAGAUGUGACCAUGGCAUUUUCUGUCUUUAUCUUUUUAUUUUCUUUAACAAGAAACAGUGAAGUGGUUUUGUGUGAGCAGGAGUUCAUUUAGAAGGAAUUUAUUUGCUUUAGUGUUUUGACAUUUCUCUGGGUGAUGGCAUUCAAGUAGCAACUUUGAGUUGUACUACAAAAUAUAGCUACUUGUAGUUGGAUAGGGUGAAAAGUUAUAAUAGCAUGAUUCUAGACCUCUUCCAGGGAAAUUGUACCGACACAAACUAAUUAUGUUUUUGCUGGAUGACUAGAGCUAAUAAAAGAAAUAUGAAUGGAGAAUUAUAAACGAUGAA